CGCGGGGCCGCGGGAGCCGCCAUUGCUGCCGCCGCCGUUGCGCUCAACGCUCGGGUCUUAAAGGGGCCGCUGCACCGACAAGCUCCAUCCACGACCGGGUGGGCCCCACCGCUCCGGCACCUUCACCGCGCACCGCCACCAUGAGGGAGAUCGUCCACAUCCAAGCGGGACAAUGCGGCAACCAGAUCGGGGCCAAGUUCUGGGAGGUGAUCAGUGAUGAACACGGCAUCGACCCCACCGGCACCUACCAUGGAGACAGCGACCUCCAGCUCGACCGCAUCAGUGUCUACUACAAUGAGGCCACCGGGGGGAAGUACGUGCCGAGGGCCAUCUUGGUGGACCUGGAGCCUGGGACCAUGGACUCGGUGCGCUCAGGACCCUUUGGGCAGAUCUUUAGGCCGGACAACUUCGUUUUUGGUCAAAGUGGUGCCGGCAACAACUGGGCCAAAGGGCACUACACAGAAGGAGCCGAACUGGUGGAUUCGGUGCUGGACGUGGUCCGGAAGGAAGCAGAGAGCUGCGACUGCCUCCAAGGCUUCCAACUGACCCAUUCCUUGGGGGGGGGCACCGGGUCCGGUAUGGGCACCCUUCUGAUCUCCAAGAUCCGUGAGGAAUAUCCCGACCGCAUCAUGAACACCUUCAGCGUGGUGCCUUCACCCAAGGUCUCCGACACGGUGGUGGAGCCUUACAACGCCACCCUGUCGGUGCAUCAGCUGGUGGAGAACACCGACGAGACCUAUUGCAUCGACAACGAAGCCCUGUACGACAUCUGCUUCCGCACCCUCAAGCUGACGACACCGACCUACGGGGACCUCAACCACCUCGUCUCGGCCACCAUGAGCGGGGUCACCACUUGCUUACGCUUCCCCGGGCAGCUCAACGCUGAUCUCCGGAAGCUGGCUGUUAAUAUGGUGCCUUUCCCUCGCCUUCACUUCUUCAUGCCGGGGUUUGCUCCGUUGACAUCCCGAGGGAGCCAACAGUACCGGGCCCUCACGGUGCCGGAGCUCACCCAACAGGUCUUUGAUGCCAAGAACAUGAUGGCGGCGUGCGACCCGCGCCACGGGCGGUACCUGACGGUAGCGGCCGUGUUCCGGGGCCGCAUGUCCAUGAAGGAGGUGGAUGAGCAGAUGCUGAACGUGCAGAACAAGAACAGCUCCUACUUCGUGGAGUGGAUCCCCAACAACGUGAAGACGGCCGUGUGCGACAUCCCCCCCCGCGGGCUCAAGAUGGCCGUGACCUUCAUCGGCAACAGCACGGCCAUCCAGGAGCUCUUCAAGAGGAUCUCGGAGCAGUUCACGGCCAUGUUUCGGCGCAAGGCUUUCCUCCAUUGGUACACGGGGGAGGGCAUGGAUGAGAUGGAGUUCACCGAGGCCGAGAGCAACAUGAACGACCUGGUCUCCGAGUACCAGCAGUACCAAGACGCCACCGCUGAGGAAGAGGAGGACUUCGGUGAGGAGGCCGAAGAGGAAGCGUGAAGAGGAUGGAAUGGCUUGGGCAUGGAUGGAGAAACC